AUGGAAGUUGAAACAAACGAAUCAGCAACAUUAGUUACUGACGCACUUCCAAGUAUCAAUAGGAUCAACGAUGAAUAUGAUACUGAUGAGUUGAAUGAAAGUACAACAACAUCAACAAGUACUGCUGAUAAUGGAACAAUAUCAAAUUAUAAUGAACCUAGUGAAAUACCAACAACUGCUCGUAAUCAAGUAUCAACUUUUGAAGUUUGUCAUCAAACUACAAAUAAUGAUGAUCGUAAUGAAACAGCAACUAAUGAUAUUCAUCAUCAAACAACAACUUAUCAUGGUCAUAAUGAAAAUACAACUUUUGAUGUUUCAGCAAUAACUACAACCGAUCAAUUGAAGGAAUUUUUCCUAUUUACAAUUCAACAAAGUCUUGAUGUGAAAACAUGUGAAUCAAAUUUAAAAGAUAUAACAAUAUGGCUUGUAACAGUUUAUUCACUUGGUUAUACUGUAUCAAAAGUUGGAGUCAAUUUUUUAAAACUUUCUGAAGCUAUUCAAGCAUCUUCAACAUUAAAAACAUGGAGUGAAUUAAUUGGACAAUUACCAUCAUUAGGUAAUGCUCUUGCAACUGGUGCUAAAACAGCUGGAACUAUAAGUGGAAAAAUUCUUGGUGUAUCAGUUAUUAUUUCUGUUGCUGAUCUUAUUCAAACAUGGAUAUCAAAAAAUGCUACAUUAACAUCUAUUGAUAAAGAUAUUUCAUUACUUGAACAACAAUUAAUUGAAUUAAAACGUAUUGCUGAUGUUUAUCAUGCUUAA